ACGGUGAGGUUUUAAGGUGGCACCAUGGCUGCGAUGAUACCACCAGUAAAACUAAAAUGGUUGGAGCACCUCAACAGCUCCUGGAUCGCUGAGGACAGCGAGUCCAUCUCCACCCGUGAAGGCGUCGCUCUGCUGUAUGGCAAGCUGCUGGCCAAUAAGGAGGUGGUUCUUCUCCCUCAGCAGGUGCUAUGUCUGAAGGGCCCUCAGCUGCCGGACUUUGAGCGAGAGUGUCUGUCCAGCGAUGAACAGGAGCAUUAUCUUGAUGCGCUGCUGGCCAGUCAGCUUGCUCUGGCCAAGACGGUGUGCUCUGAUUCGCCCUUUGCCACUGCCCUACGCAAACGUCUGCUUGUGCUGCAGCGGGUUUUUUAUGCACUUUCCAACAAAUACCAUGACAAGGGCAAGGUCAAACAGCAACAGCACUCGACUGAAAACACUCUGGGUUCUGCGGACUUACAAGCAGUUAGCGAGCGGCCGCGCUCUAGUACAGACGCCCUCAUUGAGAUGGGCGUGCGAACGGGUCUUAGUUUGCUUUUUGCUUUGCUCAGGCAGAGCUGGACGCUUCCUCCGGCCGGUCCAGGGAUCAGCCUCUGCAAUGAUGUCAUCACCACAGCCAUCGAAGUGGUGGGCUCCCUUCCGCCGCUCUCCUUGGCCAAUGAGAGCAAGAUUCCACCGAUGGGUUUGGACUGCCUGGCCCAGGUCACCACGUUUCUGAAAGGAGUGACCAUGCGGAACUCAGGGGCCGAUGUGGUGGGAAGGAGGUUGGCGUCUGAGCUGCUGCUGGGAUUGGCAGCGCAACGAGGGUCGCUGCGCUACCUGCUGGAGUGGGUUGAGAUGGCCCUGGCUGCAUCGGCCAGUAUCAGCAGCCUGGAGCAGAGCCAGGAGGGGCUGAUGGGAUACGACUGCUUCAUGAACAUUCUGAUGCAGAUGAGGCGUUCACUGGGUUCAUCUGCUGAUCGCAGCCAAUGGAGGGAGCCGACCCGCACGCCUGAUGGUCUCUGUUCCCUAUACGAGGCUGCACUUUGUCUGUUUGAGGAGGUGUGUCGCAUGGCUUCAGACUACUCAAGAACGUGUGCGAGUCCAGACAGUAUACAGGCGGGUGAGGCAGCCAUGGUAUCUGAGACCUGUGAGGUCUAUGUAUGGGGCAGCAACAGCAGCCACCAGCUCGUAGAGGGCACUCAAGAGAAAAUUCUCCAGCCCAAACUCGCUCCCAGCUUCAGUGAUGCACAAACGAUUGAAGCUGGCCAGUACUGCACAUUUGUCAUCUCCUCUGAUGGUUCAGUCCGAGCGUGUGGGAAGGGCAGCUAUGGGCGCCUGGGACUGGGUGACUCAAACAACCAGUCCACCCUUAAGAAGCUGACCUUUGAACCUCACCGUGCCAGUAAGAAAGUUUCAUCAUCCAAAGGCUCAGAUGGGCACACAUUAGCCUUCACCAGCGAGGGAGAGGUGUUCAGCUGGGGUGAUGGAGACUAUGGCAAACUGGGUCACGGCAAUAGCUCUACCCAGAAAUACCCCAAACUGAUACAGGGCCCUCUACAAGGAAAGGUGGUGGUUUGUGUUUCAGCAGGGUAUAGACACAGCGCUGCAGUGAGUGAGGAUGGAGAGCUCUACACCUGGGGAGAGGGUGACUUUGGUAGAUUAGGUCAUGGCGACAGUAACAGUAGGAACAUUCCCACGCUAGUUAAAGACAUCAGUAAUGUAGGUGAGGUGUCCUGUGGAAGCUCCCACACCAUUGCGCUGUCUAAAGAUGGACGUACAGUCUGGUCCUUUGGAGGUGGAGACAAUGGGAAACUGGGUCAUGGUGAUACCAAUCGUGUGUAUAAACCCAAGGUGGUGGAAGCUCUCCAGGGAAUGUUCAUUCGCAAAGUAUGUGCUGGCAGCCAGUCAUCUCUGGCCCUCACCUCUACUGGUCAGGUUUACUCUUGGGGCUGUGGUGCGUGUCUUGGCUGUGGUUCAUCGGAGGCUACUGCGCUAAGGCCAAAACUGGUCGAGGAACUUGCCACAACCAGAGUGGUAGACAUCUCCAUAGGAGACAGCCACUGCCUUGCUUUAUCACAUGACAAUGAAGUGUAUGCCUGGGGGAAUAACUCAAUGGGUCAGUGCGGUCAAGGGAAUUCCACUGGCCCCAUCACCAAACCCAAGAAGGUGAUUGGUUUAGAUGGAGUGGCCAUUCAGCAGAUCUCUGCUGGCACCUCACACAGCCUGGCUUGGACUGCCCUCCCGAGAGACAGGCAGGUGGUGGCCUGGCAUAGGCCAUACUGUGUGGACCUAGAAGAGAGCACUUUCUCUCACCUGCGCUCAUUCCUGGAACGAUACUGUGACGGUAUCUACAACGAGAUCCCACCGCUGCCUUUCCCAUCUUCCAAGGAGCAUCAUAACUUCUUGAAACUAUGUCUACGGCUCUUGUCCAAUCACCUGGCUCUAGCGCUGGCGGGUGGAGUGGCCACCAGUAUCUUGGGACGGCAAGCGCGGCCACUCCGUAAUCUGCUUUUCAGACUGAUGGAUGCGUCAGUGCCGGAUGAAAUCCAGGAGGCUGUCAUCGAGACUCUGUCCGUGGGAGCGACGAUGCUGCUGCCUCCUCUGAGAGAAAGAAUGGAGCUACUGCACUCGCUACUUCCUCAAGGACCAGACCGCUGGGAGAGCCUCUCCAAAGGACAGAGGAUGCAGCUGGACAUAAUCCUCACUAGUCUGCAGGAUCACACCCAUGUGGCAUCUCUGCUGGGGUACAGCUGUCCUCCAGACACCUCUGAGCCUCCCGCUCUACCCUCCGACUCUACGCAUGUUUCUGGCACUCAUUCUGAUACACAUCCUGACACACACUUGGCAGAGAUCCUCAUGAAAACUUUACUCAGGAACCUGGGCUUUUAUACGGACCAGGCAUUUGGAGAGCUGGAGAAGAACAGUGAUAAGAUCUUGCAGGGAACAUCUUCAUCUGAUAGCAGCCAACCAGCUCACCUCCAUGAACUGCUCUGCUCUUUGCACAAGCAACUACUAGCCUAUUGCCAUAUCAACUGUGUUACAGAGAGUUCCAGUAGUGUGGCACUCCUCCACAAACACCUGCAGUUAUUAUUGCCUCAUGCUACAGAUAUCUAUAAUCGCUCUGCAACUCUUCUGAGAGAAAGCUCUGGAAAUGGCAGCGUGCGUGAGAAGCUACGAGAUGUGAUCUACAUGUCUGCAGCGGGCAGUAUGCUGUGUCAGAUUGUGACUUCUUUGCUGUUGUUGCCUGUUUGGGUGGCGCGGCCGCUGCUCAGCUACCUCUUAGACCUGCUUCCCCCUCUGGACCGUCUCAACAGACUUCUGCCGGCUGCCACACCUCUGGAGGAACAGGAGCUGCAGUGGCCACUGCAUGGCACUCCAGAUCUGGUUGAUCCAGUAUGUGUUUCAGGAUCUGCACAGUGCUGGGUGUGGUUGGUGGAUCUGGAGCGUACCGUAGCGCUGCUGGUGGGACGUUGUCUCGGAGGAAUGCUGCAGGGAGCCCCACCCUCACCAGAGGAACAGCACACUACCCAUUGGCUCAAAACACCGCUUUUUAGUAAUGGCUUAGAGACUGAUAUACCCCAGCUUGAUGUGUGUAUCAGCUCUCUGCUGGAGGUGGCUCUGUGUGGAAAUGAGGAGCAAAGACCUUUUGACUGUCAGUUGCGUGCUGACAUGAGUGUGCUGGUUGAUUUGGCCCUUGGAUCAACUAAAGAGCCCACACACAGCUUGUGGACAAACAUGCAGGAUUAUGCCAUCAGCAAGGAUUGGGACAGUGCAUCAUUGCCGAAUGAAGCUCUGUUAGACACAGUGACCCGCUUUGUACUUGCUGUCCUGCUGAAACACACAGGGCUGCUGGGACAGGCGUGUGGAGAAGGGAGAUAUCAGCCAUGUAAACUCUUGGCAGAGGUGUAUCGCAGUGUGUAUAAGGUGCGGAAUCGCCUCUUGGCUUACAAAAACAUGGAGCUCAUCCAGAUCCGUUCGUCAUCACGAGAACGCAGAAUCUCUGAUAACUCUUAUACAAUGGUCACACAUGAAAUCUUUCAUUGUUUCCUAUCAGCACGGGAGGCAGCACGAGGAAGGGACCAAGAUCGAACCGGAAGCAUAAGCACACAGGAAGAGCCGGCUCAGCCUGGUCCGGAGCGCAGGAGCAGCACGACCCCUCAGGAGGGACAGGAUCUUUACACCACCACAUGCAAUGCAGUCAUCCACCGCUGUGCCAUGCUCCUGCUGGCCGUCAGCACGCCACUCGCUCAACACAUCAAUCGGCAACCUCUGACAGGCGGGGUCAGCCAGGACGGAGGCGGGUUUAUGACGAGGAGUGAGAGCCUGUUGGCAGAGAGUCGGUCCAUCCAGAGCAGUCCCAACUACAGACUCACAAAAUCCAGGAGUGAGUCUGAUCUCUCCCAGCCAGAGUCUGAUGAGGAGGGAUACUCACUGAAUGUGAGGAGGAAUGUGGAUCUGGAUUUAGCUUUCACUCCUAAAAAAAGAGGCUUUCUGUACAGUUCUCCAGACUCUUCUGCUGACUGGUUUGGGGGACGCUCGGCUCGUGAGUGUUUAUACAGCUCUCCACAGUCCUGCGAGGAGUCAGACCUCGGUCUGAGCCAUUCAUUCAGGCUCCAUGCACUCAUCGAGAACAUGGUGAACUUCAUCAGUGGAGAUGUUGGGAACGCCCCUGCGUUUAAGGAACCAGAAGAGAGUGUGUCAACGAGCCCACAGGCCAUUAUUAUAGCCAUGGAGCAGCAGCAGAGCCGAGCAGAGUUGCGUCUGGAGGCCCUUCACCAGAUUGUGGUGUUGAUUUCUGGGAUGGAGGAGAAAAGCUGUCAGGCAGGCUCUGGAGGUGGAGCUGGACGCACAGGCCUCAGUUUUCACUCUGCCUCUCUGCUAACAUCAGUCAGACUGCAGUUCUUGUCAGGAUGUUUUGGCCUUGGUGCUGUUUGCAAUGGGGGGCCAAAGGGCGAGAGUGUCCAAUUACACCAUUACCAGGAUGGAGUCAGAGCGGCCAAGAAAAGUUUACAGAUGGACAUUCAGACUGCUGUUCAUAAGAUUUAUCAGCAGCUGUCAGUCACAUUAGAGAAAGCCCUGCAAGCUAACAAGCACCACAUAGAGGCCCAGCAAAGGCUGCUGUUGGUAACGGUCUUCGCUCUAAGUGUGCGAUACCAGCCUGUUGAUGUAUCGUUAGCUAUCUCCAGCGGUCUCUUGGAUGUUCUUUCUCAGCUUUGUGGAACGGAAACCCUGCUUGGACAGACACUGCAACUCCUGCACAAGCCUGCAGGAUCUCAGCUCAGCACUGCCCUCAAAGUGGCCAGCACCAGAUUGCUGCAGAUACUAGCCAUCAGCACCGGGACAUAUGCAGACAGGUUGAGUCCUAAGGUGGUCCAGGCUCUGCUGGAUCUUCUUUGCAGUCAGCUGAAGACUCUGCUGGCUCAGGCUGCUGGAAGCACACUCAGUGCAAGUACAGAACUGCAGGAGAAGACUGACGACUGUGCAGAUGCUCUGAAAAAAGAUUUUCGAGCAUUGUUACGUAAGAGACACGCAGCAGAGCUGCACCUCGGAGACUUCUUGGUGUUUCUGCGGCGAGUCGUCUCUUCCAAAGCCAUCCAGUCCAAGAUGGCCUCUCCUAAAUGGACUGAAGUCCUUCUCAACAUUGCUGCUCAGAAACGCUGUUCAGGCAUUCCUUUGGUUGGUAAUUUGAGAACACGGCUGUUAGCCCUGCAUGUUUUGGAAGCUGUGCUUCCUGCCUGUGACAGCAGCGUGGAGGACCAUCAGAUGACCCAGGUGGUGGAGAGGUUGUUCGCGCUGCUCUCGGACUGUAUGUGGGAGGCACCUGUUGCUCAAGCCAAGCACACCAUCCAGAUGAAAGAGAGAGAGCAGGAACUCAAACUGCAGGGUGAAUCAGAGAAGGAAGAAGAAAAUUUGCCUAUCCAGGAAGUAACCUUUGACCCUGAGAAGGCACAGUGCUGUGUGGUGGAAAGCGGACAGGGAUUGACGCAUGGCAGUGGAGGCAAAGGUUACGGCCUGGCCUCCACUGGCAUUUCCUCUGGCUGUUACCAGUGGAAGUUCUAUAUCGUGAAGGAGAAUCGUGGAAAUGAGGGAACGUGUGUGGGUGUGUCACGCUGGCCUGUGCAUGAUUUCAACCACCGCACAACAGCCGACAUGUGGCUCUACCGCGCUUACAGCGGCAACCUCUACCAUAACGGAGAGCAGACCCUCACGCUGUCCAGCUACACACAGGGAGACUACAUCACCUGUGUGCUGGACAUGGAGGCCAGGACUGUGUCCUUUGGCAAGAACGGAGAGGAACCCAAACUGGCAUUUGAAGAUGUCGAUGCUACAGAGCUCUACCCUUGUGUCAUGUUCUACAGCAGCAACCCUGGGGAGAAGGUAAAAAUCUGUGACAUGCAGAUGAGGGGCACACCACGUGACCUGUUGCCUGGUGACCCAAUCUGCAGCCCUGUGGCCACUGUCCUGGCGGAAGCCACCACCCAGCUGGUCCGGAUCUUACACCGCUCGGAGCGCUGGACUCAAACUAUCAACCGCAGCAUCCUCCAGCGCCUCCAGCAGAUCAGAGGCUGCCUGCGAGAAGGAGCUCCUCCAGCAGGGGCCACCAGACUGCGCAAGAGCCGCUCGGCUCAGAGCAGAGAGGAGCAGGACGAGAAGGAGGAAGAGCGAGAGGAGGAGAGAGGAAGAAGCGGACGGCACACUGCGGCAGAGCUGUCGGAGACGCACCUGCGGACGCUGUGCCACCAGGUGUGGCCGGUGUUAGCUGUGAUAGGGGGAGUAGAUGGUGGGUUAAGGAUGGGGGGACGGUGUGUGCACAAGCAGACGGGGAGACAUGCCACUCUGCUGGGUGUGGUGAAGGAGGGGAGCACAUCAGCUAAGGUGCAGUGGGAUGAGGCGGAGAUUACCAUCAGCUUCCCCACUUUUUGGUCGCCCAGUGACACGCCGUUGUACAACUUGGAGCCAAUUGAGCCUCUACCCUUCGAUGUUUCACGUUUCCGCGGACUCACUGCUACUCUGCUGCUGGACCUCACCGCCCUCGCCAGCCUACAGGAUGAUGGCUCCAAGUCCACUUCUGGUCGGCGGCACGAGCGGAGACACCGCCACGAACCCCAGGAAGAACGAGAGAACAAGUCACGCACCAAACCGAAAGAGGGGGCGGGUGACCUGCGCGUAUCUCACAGCUUGGACGAGGUUCGAGUUUGUGCGCCACCCAACUCCCGCUCCGAGAGCGAGCUGGCUGGCUACACGCAGGAUGCCAUGCAGCAGACUCCAGCGGAGGGACGGCGCAGGCUACAGGAGAUGGUGGGGACACGCUCACAGGAGGCGGCUGCGCAGGUGGAGGUGCAUGCGGUGCAGUUGUCGUACCUGUAUCUGGGAGCGAUGAAGACCUUAAGUGUCCUUCUGAGCUGUAGUAAAUACGCCGAACUGCUGCUGAUCCCCAAAGUCACACCUGACAGUGGCCAUAACGCAGAUUGUGCCAGCCCUGGGGUGAGCGUGUGUCAGGAGGAGGCGGAGCUGCGAUCGGCUCUGCAGUUUUUGAUGCGACACAUGGUGAAACGGGCAGUGAUGAGGUCGCCCAUCAAAAGGGCGCUUGGGCUGGCAGACCUAGAGCGGGCGCAAGCCAUGAUCUACAAACUGGUGGUCAAUAGCCUACUUGAAGAACAGGAAGGUCACAGUUCCAAGACAGUGGACACAGAGUGUGAGGAGUUAGAGGGAGACCAACUAUUUCAAACUCCGGUCACCACCUCCCCAUCAGCCUCCAGCAGCACCUCCUUUAUGAGCUCCUCACUGGAGGACACCACCACAGCGACCACACCCGUUACCACAGCCACCACACCUGUCACAGACGCCGAGACGGCACCGGCUUCUGAAUCACCUGGAGUAAUGCCACUCAGCCUGCUCAGGCAGAUGUUCUCCAGCUACCCGACAACCACCCUUCUGCCAGCACGUAGAGCUCAGACCCCUCCCGUGUCAUCACUGCCCACCUCGCCAUCAGACGAGCACGGCCGGAGACAGAGCCUCACGUCACCUGAGUCCCAGUCUGCCAGGACCACCAGCAGGACGGCAUUAUCAGACCCCAGCAGUCGUCUUUCCACAUCUCCACCUCCUCCUGCCAUUGCAGUUCCGCUGUUGGAAAUGGGUUUCUCACUCAGGCAGAUCAUGAAAGCUUUGGAAGCAACAGGUGCACGUGGUGAGGCAGAUGCUCAGAACAUCACUGUGCUUGCGAUGUGGAUGAUAGAACACCCAGGCACGGCAGACUCUGAUGAGGCUUCAGACCCCUUCUCCGGUGCGGCAGGAGGGGGUAAGAGCACAGAGAGGAGCUACCUGCGCUCACCGGGUGACAUCCCCAACGCUGAUGCUGCAGAGAUGGAGGAGGGAUUCAGUGAGAGUCCUGAAGGUCUUGAUCAAGAUUUGGGCUCUUCCUCUGCCGGCCCUACUCCCAGAGGACGCUCUGCAGCCAGCAGGAAACACCGCUUUGACCUGGCUGCACGCACUUUACUAGCUCGUGCAGCUGGACUGUACCGCUCAGUGCAGGCACAUCGAACUCAAGCGCGUCGAGAAGGUUCUGGACUGCAGCAGGAGCCUGGGCCUCUUGGGGCGCUGUACGACUUCAAUCUGGAUGAAGAGUUGGAGCUCGAAUUGGAUCAGGAAGCCAUGGAGGCCAUGUUCACCCAGGAGCUUGCAUCAGAUUCUGACAUUCUGGGAAUGUGGAUCCCGGAGGUACUGGACUGGCCAACGUGGCAUGUGUGUGAGUCAGAGGACUGUGAUGAGGUGGUCGUGUGUGAGCUGUGUGGGGUCAGCGUGUCCAGUUUCAACCAACACAUGAAGAAGAGUCACCCGGGAUGUGGUCGCAGUGCCAAUCGCCAGGGUUACCGCAGCAAUGGCUCUUAUGUUGACGGCUGGUUCGGAGGGGAGUGUGGAAGUGGAAAUCCCUAUUAUCUGCUCUGUGGCAGCUGCAGAGAGAAAUACCUUAACAUGAAGAGCAAGAUCAAAGGGCCACUGCCUGAGAGGUAUAAAGGUCAAGCACCAGACCUGCUGGGAAAGCAAGACUGUGUGUAUGAAGAAGACUGGGACAUGUUGGAUGUAGAUGAUGCAGAACGUCUGACCGGUGAGGAGGAGUUCGAGUUGCUCUCUGCUCCACUGGGUCUUAGUGAACGCAGACCCGUCCCCGAGGCUGUCCAUUUUCCAGACACUGACCCUCUCGGAGCUUCUGUUGCCAUGAUCACUGCAACCAACAGCAUGGAGGAGACUCUCUUGCAAAUAGGUUGCCAGAGCUCAGUGGAUAAGAGCUCAUCAGGUCGCUUGUCUUUGGGGGAGCAGGCGGCAGGUCUGCAGACGUCUGCUGAUCACCUGGUGGCUCUGAAAAGAGUCACUGCAGCUGCACAAGUCCUGUUAGCCAGAACAAUGGUCAUGAGAGCGCUGUCCCUGCUAUCAGUUAGUGGCUCUAGUUGCAGUCUAGCAGCAGGAUUGGAGUCUCUGGGCUUGACGGACAUUAGGACUCUGGUGCGUCUGAUGUGUUUGGCUGCAGCAGGUAGAGCUGGACUUUCCACAGGCCUUACAUUAGGCCCUGGAUCCUCUGAGCGCCCACGAGGGGCUAGCAAGGCCACCAAACCCAUCUCUUGUUUGGCAUACCUCAGUACCGCCGUUGGCUGUCUGGCAUCGAACAGCCCCACCGCUGCCAAACUCCUGGUCCAGCUGUGCACUCAGAAUCUGAUAUCAGCUGCCACCGGCAUGAAUCUGACCACAGUAGAUGAUCCAAUCCAGAGGAAGUUCUUGCCCAGUUUCCUGAGGGGAGUGGCGGAAGAAAACAAGCUGGUGACGUCGCCCAAUUUUGUGGUGACCCAGGCGCUGGUAGCUUUGCUUGCCGAUAAAGGUGCCAGGCUUCGACACGGCUACGACAAGGCUGAACUGGAAAAAAGAGGCCCAUUGGAGCUGGCAAAUGCACUGGCAGCAUGCUGCCUCUCAUCUCGGCUUUCGUCGCAGCACCGCCAAUGGACCGCGCAGCAGCUGGUGCGCACACUGGCGGCUCACGACCGAGAUAACCAGAGCCGCCCGCAGACCUUUGCUGACAUGGCAGGAGACCUGCGGAAGUGGUCCACUUUCAGACUCGAGGUCCACCAGAGCAGGGUGAUCACAUGUGGGUGGUGUAGUAAAAAAGGCCUUCUGGCAACUAGCGGGAAUGAUGGGACGGUCCGCAUUUGGAACGUGACCAAAAACCUGUACACUCUGCAGCAGACAUGUGUCUUUAAUAAAGGAGAGGACACUUCAGAGGAGUUUAUGGGUAAUCUGGGGUCUCCAGGCGAUCCAAACUUGGCUCCAGUGGCUUGGAGUGUCAGUGGGAAGUACUUGGCUGCUGCCAUGGAAAAAAUAGUGAACAUUUGGCAAGUCAAUGGUGGGAAGGCCUCGUUGGACCUGCAGCCUCAUUGGGUGUCAUCGUUAGCUUGGCCAGAAGAGGAGGCAGGGUCUCUGUGGGGCGGGGAGCCUCGAGAGCUCCUGUUAGUGGGUCGCAUGGAUGGGACACUGGGACUUCUCGAGGUUCUUGAUGAUUCUGAUAUACAGAGAACUGAACUCCAGCACUGCUUCAGGAAAGAUGUGGCCGUGAUGCAAAUUGCAUGGUACAGUGAGGAUCGUCCCUUUGCAGUUGGAUAUGCUGAUGGAAGGCUUCUGAUUGGCUCUAAAGAGCCUGCAGAGAAUGGAUCUGUGGUGGUUAUAGAUGCCCACAAGGAAAGCAUCAGUUCGUUGCGCUGGGCUCCUGGUGGGCAAGUGUUACUAAGCUGUGCUAAAGAGGAGAUCGUGCGUUUAUGGACAGUGUCAGGGACAGGUUUGGGUCAAAGCUGGACAUGUCUGCAAAGUAUCACCCAUCCUGCUGUUGUCAAUGCUGUUGCCUGGUGCAGCCUGCCUGGUCAGGGACCUAAACCUCUCAACAUGUUUGCCACAUGUUGUCAGAACGGUCUGGUGACUGUGUGGACGGUACCGCAGGACCCUUCUUCAUACUCACAGUCCAGCACUGCCUGCCCUGAUGCCUGGUGGGAAUCAAAAUUCAAAUCCAAACUGAUGCUGGACCCCCAGCGGUGUGAAAGAGCAGUGUGUGUGUUCCAGCUGCAGGGUCAUAUGACUCCUGUGCGGACAGUAGCGUUCAGUCCAGAUGGGCUUGCUCUUGUGUCUGGAGGAGUUGGCGGACUUUUGAACAUCUGGUCUUUGCGGGAUGGAUCAGUGCUGCAGACAGUAGUUGCUGGAUCUGGAGCAAUUAACAGAACAGUUUGGAUCCCUGACGUAGGUGUAGCUGUUUGCUCCAAUCGCUCAAAGGAUGUGCUGGUCGUUAAUAGCUCAGCAGAGUCCAUGUCAACCAAUCACGUCUUAGCAACUUGCCGCACGGCACUAAAAACGCAGGGCGUUGUGGGACUGAACAUGGCUCCAUGCAUGAGAGCCUUCCUGGAGAGACUUCCCAUCAUGCUUCAGGAGCAGUAUGCGUAUGAGAAGCCUCAUGUGGUGUGCGGAGAGCAGCUCGUCCACAGUCCUUACAUGCAGUGUCUGUCGUCUCUAGCGGUGGGUCUGCAGCUGGACGCUCUGCUGUGUCACCCUCCUGUCCCACCUCACCUGGCCCACUGCCCACCUGAGCCUGGCUCCUCCUCCACCCCCUCCCCCAUCUCCUGGGCCAACAGUGAGUGGGCGUGGCUUCACUGCUUUUCCACCACCGUCAAAACGGCCGAAGCCCUCGCACGUGGGCACACCUUUCCCGAGUCUUUCAUCGUCCCGGACCUGGAGCCCGUGGCCAAAGACAAAUUGGCACUGCUUAUGGACAACAGCAAGUGGGUGUCUGGGUUGGAUGAGCAGAUCAUGUCAUGGGCCACUUCCAGACCAGAAGACUGGCACCUUGGAGGGAAGUGUGAUAUGUUUUUAUGGGGUGCUGGCAGGCAUGGGCAGCUCGCCGAGGCCGGGCGAAACAUUCUGGUGCCAACUCUGGCUCCCUCUUUUUCUCAGGCCCAACAGGUUGUUUGUGGGCAGAACUGCACAUUUGUGAUCCAGGCUAACGGAACGGUGUCUGCAUGUGGCGAGGGCAGUUACGGCCGCCUCGGACAAGGAAAUUCAGACGAUCUGCACGUCCUCACUGUCAUAUCUGCUCUGCAAGGCUUUGUGGUGACCCAGCUAGUAACGUCCUGUGGGUCUGAUGGCCAUUCGAUGGCGCUAACUGAGAGUGGCGAGGUGUUCAGCUGGGGAGAUGGAGAUUACGGAAAACUGGGCCAUGGUAACAGUGACAGACAGCGCAGGCCGCGACAGAUAGAGGCACUGCAGGGAGAGGAGGUGGUGCAGAUGUCGUGUGGAUUUAAACACUCAGCGGUGGUGACUGCAGACGGAAAGCUCUUCUCCUUUGGUAAUGGAGAUUAUGGCAGACUGGGACUUGGAAACACCUCUAACAAAAAGUUACCAGAGCGAGUCAGUGCACUGGAGGGCCACCAGGUUGGGCAGGUUGCAUGUGGGCUGAAUCACACUUUGGCAGUAUCGGCUGAUGGAAUGACCGUCUGGGCGUUUGGAGAUGGAGACUAUGGCAAACUGGGACUGGGAAACUCUACAGCCAAAUCCUCCCCACAGAAAGUGGAUGUUUUGUGUGGAAUUGGAAUAAAGAAGGUGGCAUGUGGCACACAGUUCUCUGUUGCUCUAACCAGAGAUGGAAACGUGUACACGUUUGGGCAGGAUCGCUUGAUUGGUCUGCCAGAGGGUCGAGCACGAAAUCAUAACCGGCCUCAGCAAGUCCCUGCUUUAAUGGCCGUGUUUAUAGAAGAUGUGGCUGUUGGGGCCGAACACGCGCUUGUUCUCUCAUCAACUGGAGAUGUUUAUGCCUGGGGGAGCAACUCAGAGGGACAGCAGGGCUUGGGCCUCACCAUCCAUGUUAGAGAGCCGACCCUCAUCAGUGCUUUACAAGGCAAAAACAUCCAGCAGAUAUCUGCAGGCCGCUGCCACAGUGCAGCAUGGACUGCACCGCCUGUACCGCCACGUGCUCCAGGCUCAUCAGUGCCUCUGCAGCUGGGCUUGCCCCUGUGUGUGCCUCCUCAGUACAGUGUCCUGAGAGAGGUCAGUAUGGAGGCUCUGAGAGCCCGACUGCGCCUGCUCUACCACUUCUCUGACCUCAUGUACUCCUCAUGGAGACUGCUGAACCUCAGCCCCAACAACCAGAGCUGCACGUCACGCUAUAAUGCAGGUACAUGGGGUAUAGUCCAGGGUCAGCUGAGGCCCCUGCUGGCCCCUGGAGUUUACACACUGCCCAUGGUGCGCUCUAUCGGGAAGACCAUGGUGCAGGGGAAGAACUACGGCCCACAGAUUACAGUCAAAAGAAUCUCUACACGAGGAAGGAAGUGUAAGCCCAUAUUUGUGCAGAUCGCCAGGCAGGUUGUGAAACUAAACGCAUCUGAUCUAAGGCUGCCGUCACGAGCCUGGAAAGUCAAGCUUGUGGGAGAGGGGGCAGAUGAUGCCGGAGGGGUGUUUGACGACACAAUCACAGAGAUGUGCCAGGAGCUGGAGACAGGAGUGGUGGAUCUUCUCAUCCCUUCUCCCAACGCCGCAGCAGAGGUGGGCUACAACCGAGACAGGUUCUUGCUGAACCCCUCAGCCUGUCUGGAAGAGCACCUGCUGCAGUUCAAGUUCUUGGGUAUUCUGAUGGGAGUGGCCAUCCGCACUAAGAAGCCUCUAGACCUGCAUCUCGCUCCAGUGGUGUGGAAGCAGCUGUGCUGUAUUCCUCUCACUCUUGAAGAUCUGGAGGAAGUGGACCUGCUGUAUGUGCAGACCCUCAACAGCAUCUUACACCUGGAGGACAGCGGCAUCACAGAGCAGAACUUUCAUGAGAUGAUUCCACUGGACUCCUUUGUUGGCCAAAGUGCAGAUGGGAAAAUGGUUCCCAUCAUCCCUGGAGGAAACAGCAUACCGCUGACCUUUUCCAAUAGGAAGGAGUAUGUAGAGCGUGCCAUUGAGUAUCGCCUGCAUGAAAUGGAACGCCAGGUGGCAGCGGUGCGCGAGGGCAUGUCCUGGAUCGUGCCUGUUCCCUUGCUCUCCUUACUAACAGCGCGGCAGCUGGAGCAGAUGGUCUGCGGGCUGCCGGAGAUCAGCGUGGAGGUUCUGAAGAAGGUGGUCCGCUACAGGGAGGUGGACGAGCAGCAACAGCUGGUGCAGUGGUUCUGGCAGACGCUGGAGGAGUUCUCCAAUGAGGAGAGAGUCCUCUUCAUGCGCUUCGUCUCGGGACGCUCUCGUCUGCCAGCUAACACUGCUGAUAUAUCCCAGAGGUUCCAGAUCAUGAAGGUGGACCGGCCGUACGACAGUCUUCCCACCUCUCAGACGUGCUUCUUCCAGCUCCGCCUCCCACCUUACUCUAGCCAACCAGUCAUGGCGGAGCGGCUGCGUUAUGCUAUUAAUAACUGCCGUUCUAUCGACAUGGACAACUACAUGCUCUCCCGCAAUGUGGACAACGCAGAGGGGUCGGACACAGAUUACUGACCCCCUACAUGCACAUGUAAACACAGUGUAUGCUGUGUAGGACUCAGUUUAGUAUUCGGUGCAGGCUUUUAUGAUUUUUAUGCUUACAGAUGUUUUCAACACAUAAUCAAGUGUUUCACCUUUCGUUUCUUCGCAAUUAAGCUGAACUUGGGUGGGCCGCACAAUCUGUUUACACACAUGUACACACUCGCCUUCUCUUUACUUUGAAGCACAGUCUUUCUCCACUAUUCAUUCUUCUUUUGGCGCUGCCUUUUUUUCAGGAUAUUCUGCAUGAAACUGUUUUAUUUUAAAAAAAAAUGUAUAGAAUGACAAAAAAAGAAAAAUUUGUACAGUAUGUAUAAUGCUUCAUUAGGAAAUUGUUUUACAUGAGUACCUGUAUUUAUUUGAAUUUUUUUAAUCGCCUACACCAGAUUUCUUAUGUCAGAUGCAAUAAAUGUUUGAAUCUGAAA